CUCAGCCCAUCACCAGACACAGACACCCACGCGGAAACCCUAGCGUCCGAGACAGCAAAGAAUUGACUCCAGGGAUCAACACCACCACUUUCUCUGACCCAAUUAGGUCCUCGACCUCAUAUAACAAUCAUGACCGAUGGGGAUCCUUAAUCCACUCACACCUAACGCCUCGUAUGGCGGGUAUCCUGUCCAGCUUACUAGUGUCGUAGUGAUAGUCUACUGGGAGCACUGAGCACUUCUAGUUUCCUGGGAAGGAAUUUUAAAACCCAGCCCCCACCCGCAAAUUUCCCCUUCUUUCCUUGUGCUCUCUCGGUCUAUUCUUGCGUGCUGGUUCUGUUGGCUUAUUUCUGAUUUUACGCCUCUCAAGGUCAAGCUCUUGGGUCGAAUUCUCCCGUGCCUGCGACCGAUCGAUCGCCCGACUAAACCCUGCAAAUAUCGGUUCACGCUCUUGGGUCCAUAACGAGUGUUGGAAAUCGAAAUCGAAAUCGAAAUUGAGGUUGGAAUCGGGAAAAUUAUGCGGUGGUCAGCGCUCCUGACGCUCGCCUUUCAGGGGCUCCUCGUGUCGCCAAGCAUAGCGGAUGAUCGCAUAUGUCGAUUUCCCAGCGGGACAGCAACCGAUGACGUACCGUGUACCUCGGACGAUAACACCUUCUGUUGUGCGCCGGGCUCGAUAUGUCUGGAUAAUGGGUACUGCUAUAGUCUUACGGUACAGCCGUUUAUGUUGUCGAGAGGUACCUGCACGGAUCGGAAUUGGGGGAAGAGCUGUCCGCAGCUGUGUACAGGAGACAACAACGACUUAGACCGCGGCUCCGUUAUCAUUUUCCUCGAGGACGGCGACGGCGACGACACAUCCAAGUACUGCUGCGACGCACUAGAAUGGAAUUCUGACGACAACGUCAUGGGAUGCGCCUCAGGGGCCGACCCUAUCACGCUCAAAGCUGGCAAAGCCAUGAUCGGCGCCGCAGCCCUCCAGGGCCUCACGCUCAUCGACAAGGACGACUACAACGCCGACGGCAUCAACGUCUCGCAAAUAAACAGUACGACCGACUCGAACGGAAACGGCACGACAACGACAGGCUCGAACCCCACGCAGACCGCUUGCGUGAAUGCAACCACUCUCCCGGGGACCAGCGAUAGCAGCGAUAACGACAAUUCCGGCAAAGAGACGGCUAUCGGAGCAGGCGUGGGUGUUCCGCUAGGCGUGAUCGCGCUGGCAUCGCUGGUGUGGGCGUUCUGGCUGCAGAAACAGAAUCGGGAGCUGAAGAAGGCUGCUCAGGCGCAGGGGCAGUUCCAGGGUCAGAUGGGGUAUGGAGGUCAGUCUGGCAUGAUGAUGUCUUCGAGCGGAUAUAUGAGCCACGGACCGGUCAACUCAGGGCAUCAUGGUCAUUUCGUCGAAUUGGGGGAGAUGGAAGGGGGCCCGACGGAAUUGUCGGCGGCGGCUAAGCAUGUCCCUUAGGCAGGCGAGUGUUAUGAUUUUGAUCUUGUGGUGUCCUGUUUGCUGUUUAUCAAGCGAAGCGGUGAUUUUGGUUUAAUGUAUAUUUGUUAUAAUGGGGUAAUAGAUAGAGUUCGUUCGGGGUC